AUGGCCUGGCAACAAACUUCUUUGAGUUUCGAGGCGAAACAGCCAGCACCUCAGACAGAUCCUCUUCAGAAGUGCAAUGUGGAAGACUAUGAGAAGGUGCAGUGUGGAGAGCCUGGCAUUUCUUCUGCAAACUGUAAUGCUAUAAACUGCUGUUUUGAUGGACAGCAGUGCUAUUAUGGCAAAGCAGUGACUGUCCAGUGUACAAGAGAUAGGCAAUUUGUAGUUGUGGCAAUGAGAGAUGCAACUCUUCCACAACUGAGCUUGGAGUCUAUCAGUCUUUUGGGAGGAAGUGAUCCUCCUUGUGGUCCUGUUGGCACUACUGUAGCUUUUGCCAUCUACCAGUUCCCUGUCACUGCUUGUGGCACUAUGAUGAUGGACGGUGACUUUCUAGUCUAUGAAAAUCGUGAUACUUUAUCACGAAUGUCUUCUACCUAUAAAGUAGGUAUUGGACCUCUAGGCUCCAUCACAAGGGACAGCCAUUAUGAUUUGUUCAAGUCUUCUAACUUGGGAGUCUUCCCUUUCAGGCUCCUCUUCCAGUGUAGAUAUUUUGGCACCAGUGUUUAAGCCCUGGUUGUUGAAGUCCACACUGUUCCUGAUCCUCAGAGCCUGCCCCAGUGGGAUGAUCUUGUGAAUGGUUGUCCCUACCAGGAUGAUCGUUACCUGACCACUUUGAUCCCUGUGGAUGGGUCUUCAGGCCUGCAGCUUCCAACCCACUACAAACAGUUCACACUCAAAAUGUUCACAUUUGUGGAACCUACAUCUCUAGCUCCCUUGAUGGAGACUAUCUUCAUUCAUUGCAGUACAUCAGUUUGCUCCCCAACUGCAGCAGACUCUUGUGUUCAGAGUUGCAACAGGAAUAUUCUUUAA